AUGAAGAGCUUUUUCGUGGGAUUUUUGAUGGGAAUGGUGGUCCUACGACAAAUGCCUUUGGCUCUUGAACCGUAUACCGUGCAGGAGACUGGGGUCAAUAAUCAGCCCACCAAUAGCAGCGCCAGCGCCGUCGCUAUGGAUACUAAUCCAAGAAUACCUACAGAGGAUGUCCAAGAUAAGGAUGUGGCUAGAUUCCUAGAUACACAACCACAACCACAAUCAACAGAAAAACAACCAAUCGAACAACCAGCAAUAGAAACUGAUCACGAGAAUCCAGUCCAACAGCAACAACAAGUAGAUCAACAGCAACAGCAACAAAAUGAAGUCACUGCUGUUGACAUGGGUGAUGAAAUUCCCGCUGUCAGUUGGGAAUCCCAAAACCAACCAGACUCCACUCUUCCACCCACGGCCUCGGUCUUUCCACAAUUCAUUCAAGACUACAUAAAAUUCCACAAUCAAAAUCGUGGACAUCCCGCUGCCAAAUAUCUCAUUUGGAGAUGUCCGCCCAAUGGCCAAUGCGGUGGUACCGGAGAUCGCAUCAAGGGCAUUUUGUCCGCCCUCUACACGGCCAUUUGUACCAAUCGGGUCCUACUCAUUGAUUGGCCCGUCGCGGGAGGAGGCGACGUCUCCCAAUUUCUACAACCCCAUACCAUUGAUUGGACCAUUCCCAAUUCCAUCAAGGCAUAUAUGCAAACACUAGUGAAAUACAGUGCCAUUGACAGUUACGCCCAUCCCGCUUUUCAACAGUUGCAAAUACCCGCGCGGAUGGCGGACUUUCCCAUGAUUGAUAUGCGCUCCAAUUUAUGGAGUGAACACGUGAAAGCCGUCGUGUCCGUCAAUGACACGCAAUGCGUCCAAGAACAAUUGUGGACCAAAGAAACCGUACCCAAUCCAUUUGCACCACAACAAAAGGUACUCUUUCGCAUGGGAUUCUGGGCACUAUUCACGUUUGCCGAUCAAGUACACGAACGAAAACUCAAUAUGCAAAUGAGAACGGGUUUGUUGCUCGAACAACAACUCAAACGACAACAAGAGCAAGAAGCAAUGCAACAACAACCAACUAGACGACGACGAUUGCAACAAGAUCCCCUUCAAUUGAAAAUCAAUCAAGCCGUACGGACUCAUUACGCCAAGGAAACCGCCCGCAAACAAAAAGCCAUGAUUCAACAUCAACUGGCUGAACAACAAAAACGAAAAUCACAACUCCAACGAUUGCAAAAGGAAACCGCCAUGGCCGGGAAAACAACCCUCCAACCCUACAUUG